CGAUAAGAAAUACGCGCGAAUUAUUUGUUUAAAGAAAAAGAAGUGGUGGAAGCGUUGAUAUAAAAACAGACUCACCGGUUUAUGCGAUCAAAUGUGAGGAAGUGUUUGCUGAGUGCAGGCAGCAUAAAAAAUGUGAGUCAGCGAGCAAAAAUAACAAUGAUGACGCCAAUUUUUGUGCUUUCUGUUUUUUUAUUCGCACUGGCAUAUCUCUGCAACGCACAAGCUAAUGAACUGGAUUAUACAUAUUGUCAAAGUAAUUCAGAGUGUCAACCAGGCUAUUGUUGCACUAUAGGGCCAAUAAGAUAUAGUAUACCACAAUGUAGACCUAUGCAAGAAGAAGGAGACACAUGUAGACCAGCUAGUGCCUCAACGAUUAACAUGACCGUUGGAUAUCCAGAUGGUUCUGAACUCACAUUAAACAAUGUCCAUUAUAUUCUUUGUCCUUGCGCCGAUGAACUGUCAUGUGAUGUCAAAGAAGGUGUUUGCAGGGAAAUAAGCAAAAAACGUGAUACAAAUCGAUUGUCCGCUAAAAAUAAAAAGCAAGACGAUUGACACAAGGCUAAAAGGAAAUAAUUCUUUAUUACGAAGAAUGACUACAAAGAGCUGAAGAAUGACUACAGCAAAUGGUGGAAAAACCCGGCACGUAGAUCGCAUCUGUAUAAUUAAAUUGUGUACCAAAGGACUAAAUUAAUGCUAAGUUAGAACUUACUGAUAUAAGAUUUGAAAUUUCUUCAAUAAGUGUAAUCGUUAAGAAAAAUAUCAAUGAAAUUUUGUAUCAUUAACUAAAAUUAAAAUAGGCUCACAGAUAGAAUAGAAUCAUACGGGUCUUCGUAUCUCGUUCUGAAGUAAAAAUUUUUUGAACCUCGACAAAAAUUAAAGUGUUUCUUACAUCUGCAAUUUACUAUCUUAGUCAGUAUUAUUGUAUUAGUAACUAUGAAAAGAACUUCAAUGGAAAUCAUUAACAAGGAUAAGAUAGAGCUAACAUACUAUUUUGUUCUGAAGUUUAAUCUGAAAAUAAUGAAUUCCUACGUAUUAUACGCUUUUUUUUAUUACCUAUUAAUUUUUAUUACCACUUGUUUUCAAUAAAGAAAUAACAAUUGUUUACAUAUUUACGCGCAUUUCCGAGCAUAUAUAUUCAACUGUUUUCGGACGAUUCUGACUGCCGCGCCGACGCAAUCAUUGCGCGCCAGUACAAAUCAUUGCGCAUUGCGUAAUUCAUUGUAUUUCAUAAAUUUGUGAAAAUAACUUGACAAUAUAAACGGAUUAUUAGAAGUAUAGACAUUUGCGUAAAAUUUAA